UAAAGUUUUUUCGCCCUUCCUUUCCCUCUCCAAGAUGGCGACUUCCCUGUUGCCCUGGGUUACUCUGCGGCCCCUGGUCCAGAGCUGGGUGCGGGGCACUUGCACCUUGUGGGGGGCUCGGGUAGCUGCAGCCGCCGCCGCCGCCUCCGCCCCUGCGACCGCCCCCGGGAGGCCCCCUCGCAAAGCUUAUACAGUUCAGACUGCAGAAAGUGUGACUCCAAAUACUCCAACGAAUGCUUUUUCAAAAGCUUUGGCUGUUUGUACUGGUCCUUUGGAACACUAUGAUUUCCUAAUCAAGUUUGAUGAAAUAAAGGAUGAUGAACACCAGAGAAGAGUUGUGCAGACUCUGCAGAAGCUACAUGAGAGCCUUAAAGGAUACAGCAUUGAAUCCAAAAGCUUUUUUUCAAAGGUUUUUGCAAAGAGAAAACCUCCAAAAGGCCUCUAUAUCUAUGGAGAUGUAGGUACAGGAAAGACAAUGGUGAUGGACAUGUUUUAUGCUUAUGUAGAAAUGGAGAGGAAAAAGAGAGUCCAUUUUCAUGGCUUCAUGCUUGAUGUACACAAAAGAAUACAUCGUCUUAAACAGAGUUUGCCAAAACGGAAGCCAGGGUUAAUGGCCAAAUCAUAUGAUCCUAUAGCUCCUAUAGCUGAAGAAAUUAGUGAAGAGGCAUGUCUCUUAUGUUUUGAUGAGUUUCAGGUCAUUGACAUUGCUGAUGCCAUGAUUCUGAAACAGCUUUUUGAAAAUCUGUUCAAAAAUGGGGUCGUCGUUGUGGCAACAUCCAACAGGCCACCUGAAGACCUCUAUAAAAAUGGACUCCAGCGGGCUAACUUUGUGCCAUUCAUUUCCGUUUUAAAGGAAUAUUGCAACACAAUUCAGUUGGAUUCUGGAAUAGAUUAUCGGAAAAGAGUACUUCCUGGAGCUGGAAAACUCUACUACCUCACAAGUGAAGCUGAUGUGGAGGCUGUCAUGGAUAAGUUGUUUGAUGAGCUGGCUCAAAAACAAAAUGAUUUAACUAGACCAAGGAUUCUAAAAGUGCAAGGCAGAGAGCUGAGGCUGAAUAAAGCUUGUGGAACCAUUGCAGACUGCACAUUUGAAGAGCUGUGUGACAGACCUCUUGGAGCCAGUGAUUAUUUGGAACUAUCAAAGAAUUAUGAUACAGUUCUUUUACGAAAUAUACCUCAAUUUACACUGGCCAAAAGGACCCAAGCACGAAGAUUCAUAACUCUCAUUGACACUUUUUAUGAAUUUAAGGUACGUCUCAUUUGUUCCGCAUCCGCUCCUCUGUCAAGCCUAUUUUUGUAUCAUCAUGAUGACAGUCACUUGGAGCAAAGCAGAACACUGAUGGAUGAUUUGGGGCUGAGCCAGGAUUCAGCUGAAUCACUUUCCAUGUUUACUGGAGAAGAAGAAAUCUUUGCAUUUCAACGCACAAUCUCCCGACUCACAGAAAUGCAAACUGAACAGUACUGGAAUGAUGGUGAUCGAAGCGAGAAGUGAUUUUUACUUACAAAUAAUUAGAACUCAAGGCAAACACAGAUGUAUUAGAAGGGAAGCCUUAUUAUGGAAAUUAAACUCAUUAUUUUUUCAUUAAUGAACUGAUAUGUUGUGCACUUUAUCCUUUGGACCAUUAAUUCUCUAACUCAGAUUCCUGAUAUCACAGAAUCCAUUUAUUUAUAAAUCAAAGCAAUUUUUACAGUUUUAUAUUUUUAAUAUUUAUUUUACCCUUUGUUCCAUCAAAAAAAAGGAUCUGUCAGUGCUCUUGAAGGUAACAGACUUUUUAGCUAUAUUUUAUACAUAAAGCUAUAUGAAUAUGGAAUUGGUUCCUGUUCCAUGCUAGUUAGUUAUAAGAAUAUGUCUUUAAUGAAAGAAAAAGCCACUUACAAAAGUAGAAGGCUUCAUACUAAAUUCAGUCAAAAAGUGGCAAUAAAAUGCUGAGUUUAUGUAUCUGGAUUAUAUCAUACUUGAAUUGUAAUAAAUCUGUAAUUACCUUAAAAUUU